AUGUCAACCGAGGUUAAAAGACAAUAGAAUUUUUCUCGUGCUUAAUCCACGAAUAUUAACAAAGCAGCUGAGCAAUGGAUAGUUGAUACUUUAGCAAUGGAUAUCAGAUUUAAAACUAUGGAGGAAGUUGGAAUUAGUAGACAUCAAUUGAUGGUAAAAGAAAAGUGUAACAUUUUAGGGUAGAGGACUAAGAAAGGACACAAUUGAUCGUCUCUAUAAAGGGUUGUAUGUUUAUUCUAAAGGAUUCAAUGAACUUCUAAAUUAAUGCAUUGGGGAUGACAUUUUAAUAGUAAAAGGGUUGAUUUGGAAAGUGUUCCUAAUUUUAUUGGAGAGAUACAAUAGUUCUGAUUAUUAGAUGAUGAUGCAGCAAUUAAUGGAAUAGCAUUUUAAAGAAGUGAAGUAGGUGAUAAAGGAUAAUGAGACAAUAGGGGUUUAGAAUUAGGAAUUGUAAAAUAAGUUGUAAGAAGAACAAGAGAAACAGGAGGAACAAAUUUAAAAUCAUAAUAAGAUUGAAUAAAACUUGAAAUAUUAGCUAGAUAUUUUGAAUAACAGAUACUUACUGGCAGAUGAUGCUGCUGAAAGGGAGUUGGAGAAAAGAUUUCGACUUGAAAACAAAACAGGAUAAAUAAGAUAACAAUUUAGUGAAUUGGUAUGUAAAUAAUAGUUACUAUUGGAUGAAUUGUAAUAUCUGAACAAAUAAUUAUAAUAAAAGAAGAAUUAGAACGAUGACUUGUUGGAGGAGAGAUAAAAUUUCUUGAAAAAGUUGGAAAAGUUGAAUGAGGAAAACAACUCAUUAAAAAUUAAGAUUAUUGAUUAUACAUCCACUAUAUCAUUAAAAAAUGAAUUGUUGAGGAAUUCAGAUGAAUUGAUAACUAAAUUAUAAAAUCAAAUUAUAAAGUAAUAACAUUAGGCUACAACCUUUGUUACCAAUCCUUUUUUGUAAUUAAGGUAAAAAGAUGACGAAUUGCAAUAAUUGGAGGAAGAAAAAUUGAAAUAGGAGAAUCAAGAACUUAGAAAUAGAAUAAUGGUUUAUUAAUAAUAAAUAGAUAUUUAUAUUCAAUAAAAAUCAUAGGAUCUUUUGAAUUAGAUUAGAUUGCUUGAGGACAGUCUGAGUAAGUAUAAGCAAUCUAAUCAAGAAUUAUAGGAUAAGUACUUCAAUAAGAAACAAAAAUUGAGUAAUGUAUUUAAUUAAGUAAUUUUUAGCUUAAACAUAAAUAUAACUCCUUAUUAGUAACCCAAGAGAUCACUAAGGGGAAUUUGGAUAUUAAUUUUAAGAAGAUUGAAAACUUAGAGAAUGCAAAUAGUUUCUAAAUUGUUAACAAUUCCACUUUAAGUCAAUAUGUAGAACGAUUAACAAAUUGUAUUAAAAAGAUGGAAUAAAAUGAGAAAAUCUUAAAUGAAAGAAUCCAUUCCUAAUUUGUAUUAAAAUAUCAAUUCAUUAUAUUAGCAAACCAUACAGGCCUUGUCAUAAUAGGUCGAAGUGACUUCAAGAUAGAAUUAAUAAAAAAUAGAUAAUCUCAAUCAAUUAUUGCUAUAGAAAUCAAUUUAAAAUGAUGAAUUAUAAUUAUUAUAUAAGGACUUGAAGUAAUCACAUUAGGUGAUGUAAGAACAAUAUUAGAAGGAAGUUUUAUAACUAUAAGUGUAGAAUGAAGAGUAAAAGUAAAAAUUGUAAACCUAAGAAAUCGCCUAUUAUAAAUUAGAAUAGAAUGAAAUAUAAUUGAAAUUUGAACUAGAGAAUUAAACAAAGUAAAAAUCUUGUAUUAUGUUAGAUAGUAUUAGGAAUACAUACUAAAAAAGGAGGAAUAAACUAAAUUGAUAAAUGAUUAAGGGAGUAAAAUAAGAAAACUUGAGAAAGAUAAUGCAAGAAUUGCUUAAGAAUUAAAUUGGGUAACAAACUAAAACUAAGGUUUCUCUGAUAAAAUUAAAAAAUAAUAGUUAAUAAUUAAAGAUCUUCAAAAAGAUUUAGAUUAAGUAAAGAUUGAUUACUCAUAAGCUCAAAGGGAAUUUGAAGAUAUGAAAUUUGAUUAUGACGAAUAGAUAAUUUUCUAUUAAUAGAAUAUUCAGAGUUUGGUCAAAUAAAGAAAAGAAUUUGAGGAAGACUUAGUAGUUAAACAUUAAACUAUAUCAAAAUAAGCCUAGAUAAUGGCUGAUCAAGAUGAAAAAUUAAAAAGAUAAGAAUUGAAUUUGAUGAAUAAAGAUUAAGAUAUAAAAUUGAUUGAAGAAAAAUUAAUGUUGGAAUCUUAGAAAUUUAAUAAUCUGAUGAUUUAAAAAGAAGAGCAGAGCGAUUAACCUGACAAAUCCACAAUAAUCAGUUAGAAUAUUUAGGACAUUAUUUAAAAAAAGCUGAUUUAAAAGAUAAAAUAGAAGCGAUAACAAGGUAAUUCAAAUUUAAUUACAAUAAUUGAUUCGAUGGAAAAUGACAAUAGCAUAUAAGAAAUAAUUGAGCAUUAGUUAUAAAAUGACAGCACUCUAGAGAAUUUGUUGAAUUCCAUAGUAGAGGGUCCAAAAUUUUAAACAUCUUCUACACAAUAAUUACAAAAUAGUAAUAAUGGGUUUUAGAAAUAAUCCAAUUAUUAAUAGAAAUCUUAGAGUAUUCUCCAAACAUAAAAUUAGACAAAACCAAAAUCAAAUUAAAUUGGUACUAAGCCAAUAAAACCUAUACCUCAGUUCAAAUAAUAACAAACUAUUGAAAUCUUGCCACAAAUAUUAAACAAAAGUAAUGACAUUAUUUCAAAUCAAUCAUCACGAAAUAAGAAUAAUAAAUAAUCCCAAAAGAGACCAAGUAAAAGUAUGUAAAGAUCAGAAACUACUUAAAAUUAUAAAUCUCUACAACAGAAUCAGUAAAACCAGUCAUAUUAAUCAGAUAGUAAUUUAAUCUAAUAAUAAAACUAAUCAAAAAAUUAAAAUUUGUCCUUCUAAGUAAAUGUAGAUACAUCGUUUUAAGAAACUGCACAAUUUCCAACUUAAUUUAUGCAAUAAACAUAUUAAGGAGGGGAACAUGUCAGUUUUAACACUAUUUCAGAGAAAGAAUUAUAUGGGGAUGCGGAGAAUUAGGAAUAACGAAGAUAAUCAUAAUCAAGACCAAGAAAACCAUCUAUAACUAAAUCAAAAUAGUUCACUUAGCUUUAUAAAGUGGCAGCUGAUUAUUAUACUCAAUGUCAAUGA